AUGAAUGACCGGUAUGUGCUGAUGAAGCUGAUUCUAUGUAGCUGGUCCAUCUUUACUUCUGUGGUUAGUGAAGAUGACGCCGUGGCCAUCAGGAGACGGCUGGUGACUGAUUCACUGAAGGACUACGUUGUAAACGUACCUCCAUCAAGCAAUGGUACCGUUAAUGUUUCGGUCAAUUUCUAUUUACAAUCUAUAGUGGAUUUGGAUGAAAGAGAACAGACAAUGACGACAAAUGGCUGGUUGAACGUUGUGUGGAUGGACCCUGCACUAGCGUGGAGUCAGACUGAUUACAAUGUAUCUGACGUGAGCUACAAACAGAAGGAUAUUUGGGUUCCUGAUCUUGUGAUCAGUAAUAACCUCAAACCACACAAGGCCAUGGGGUAUGAUGAUCUGAUAGUAUUCAUGUUCAGCAAUGGAACUAUGAUGUGGAGCCCUGGCGAUCUGUAUAAGACUGAAUGUGCAUUGGACACAACCUAUUUUCCAUUCGAUACACAAACUUGCAAGAUCGUUAUUACAAAAUGGAUGAUGUACGAAUGUGUAUGGCUCAACCUCCUUGAUGCUGAUGGCGUGAUGACAAGUACAGGUCAAAACAGUGUGUGGAGUAUUGCAGAGAUUUCCAAACAUCUUGAGCACAGUUUCCCUCCUUAUACACCAAAUGUGGUCGUUCUUAUCAAGCUCAAGCGGUGCCCUUCCUACUUUGUUCUUAAUCUCUUCCUUCCUGUAUUGUUCAUAUCGCUUUUAAUCCCUCUUGUGUUCGCUCUGCCCAUGGAUCAAGGGGAACAAAUCAGUUUCAUAAUGACCAUCAUGCUGUCCUUUGUGGUGUUCCUGACCUUGCUGAGUGACACACUGCCCAAGACGUCCAGACAUGUCUCCGUUGUCACCAUCUACGUCACCUUCCUCCUCGUCAUCAGCGUUCUGUCUGUGUUUCUCACCAUCCUUACCCAAAAGGUAUCCAACUUAUCAGACUCCAAACCUAUCCCGUCGUGGACACGUAAACUGUAUGCCACAUGGGAUGAAAAGCACAUAUGGAGGAAACUGAACUUGUCUUCAAGAGGUACCAUAAAAUCGGAUUAUAAGUCAACUAGCUGUGCUGGUGCAACGGAACGUCUUUCAUGGAAGGUCAACAUGUUCAUGUUUGUACUAUUCAUUCUGAUUAUUGGCAUCAAUAUAACAUCAGCUGCUGUUGUAGCUAUUUUCUCCGAGGCCGGGCUCCGUCUGAGUUGUUGA